AUGUUGCUUUGUAAAAGUAACAACAGUUGUCCUUACAACCAACUCAGCACUUCUUUAAAAAAAAUUUCAAAAGUUGGAAGAGUACAUUUCAGAUACAGGCGGUAUUUUAACUACAGCAUUGAUUGCAUUUACCCGAGUAUGAUUUCACAAUUGGUUUUAUUCUUAGCUUUGUUCCUAACUUCUUUAGCAGAUGCCACAAAAGAAGGUCUUUUUAUGAUCCACAUGUCAAUUAUCCUUGUUUCUUUGCUUACCUCUGACAAAUGUACGGUUCCAUACCUUAUUGCUUAUUUUACAAGUAGUCUGUUUGUAGUCUUGUUUUUCAAAUCAAUCAAUAAUUUGCUUCCAUGUCCCGUUGUGACACCACACCAUCCUUACAAGGAGAUGGGAAUGGAGUUUGUGAAAUUUAUCUACUCUAUACAACUGGGAGGUGUGUGGGAAGAAAACUUUUGUAAAAACCAGACAAGAUCACUGACUUGGAAAGAUGAAAGUCCUACUUGCGUGAGAUGUGACUUAGGAUUUUCAACGCCAGUUUUUAUUACUCCUUCACGCCUUUUUGUUACGCAGUUAGGUCCAUUUAUGUCUCAUAAAAAAACUCAAAGCUUCUGGCUACGUAAGACGUUACCAGAAUCCUGUACCUCAUUUAAUUCAACCAAAAUCCCACCUAUUUCGGAUCUAAUGGGAUUAUUUUUGACCAGUUGUUGCUCUAUUGGUGGUGAACUUGCGUACAUGGAAGUCUAUAAAUAA